CACAUGGCCACCACAGACUCAAGGAUGAAGAGGACCUCUCCGAUCCGGAAAUAUACCCAGAUAAAACAUCAAUUAAUGAAAUCUAUUCUUCGCAGUAAGCAGUAUAUUGAAGCAUAACACUAUUGAGCCAGCCUCAAAGAUCGGUCUAGCAAAGAUCGAAAACAUGGGGAACGCCCUUUCACAACCAGCACCACAGGCACCGACCUCCAAAGAUAGAAUUAUAUGGCAUCCACUCCAGAUUGAAGAGCAUCCCAUCGAUGUCGCUCCGAAACUAAAAGUCAUCGUUGUCGGCGCGGGGAUCGCAGGAAUCAAUGCAGCCAUUCUUCUCCCGGUGAAAGUGCCCGGUAUAGAGCUCGUGAUCUACGAACGCGAAUCCGAUAUAGGAGGAGUAUGGCACCAAUGCACCUACCCCGGAGUACGUUGCGACGUCCCAUCCCACGUUUAUCAGUCAACAUUCUCCCCUUCACGAGAUUGGUCCGAGCACUACGCUGCAGGUACGGAGAUUAAGUCAUACUGGCAUCAAGUAACGACCAAGUACGAUACGUGGAAAUACAUGCGAUGCGACCAUGAAGUUCAGUCCGCUAUAUGGAUUGAGGAGAAGACGAAGUGGGUUGUAACCAUCAAGCAUAGCAACACUGAAAUAGUCGAUGAAGCGGACUGUGUGAUCAUGGCAAUAGGGAUCUUCAGCCAUCCUACUUUGCCAAAAUACCCCGGCAUGGAGGAUUAUGAGGGUCAUCUCUGCCAUAGCUCGAGAUGGGAUGCAAACUUUGACCCGACUGGCAAGAGAGUUGCAGUCAUUGGAAAUGGGUCUUCUGGCUUGCAGCUUUUGCCUCAGUUGCAGAAGGUUGCUGCUAGAAUUGAUCACUAUGCGAGAAGUCCAACUUGGGUUGGAGGAAGUUUUGGUCCCAAGGUGAGCGCAAGUGAGAAUGCAGUUAGCCAUGACCUGCGAUCAAGUUUUGCAAACCCAGAGACAUACCUGCGAUACAGAAAGGGACUGGAGAGUCCAUCCUUCACCGGAUUUGGCGCAAUCACUAAAGACGGAAUGAAUUCAAAACUGAACAGAGAGAAGUUUCACGAGGAAAUGAAAGCAAGACUUGGAGACCGUACGGACCUCUUGGAAGCAAUUGAGCCUGACUUCUCUCCAAGUUGCAGGAGACUCACUCCUGGCCCAGGCUACCUUGAAGCACUUACACAACCGAACGUCGAUGACAUCACAUCCACAAUCGAGAGGUUCACCAAGAACGGCAUCAGAACAGCCGAUGGUAAAGAAAGAAAGGUCGAUGCCAUCAUCUGUUGCACCGGAUCCGAGAAGUCGUUCGCCCCUCCAUUCCCAGUCAUGAGAGAAGGAAUUGAUCUCUCCUCUGCCUGGAAGCCCGGUAGAAGUAUCGGAUUCCCAAACACAUAUAUGGGCAUUGCAGCCCCUGGCUUCCCCAACCUCUUCUUCGUCAAUGGUCCUACCGCUGCUGCAGCAACAGGUACCCUGCCAUUUGCCACUGAGAAUCAAAUCACUCUGAUCGCAAGAGUUCUACGAAAAAUGCAAAGUCAAGGUAUUCGGACGAUUACUCCUUCCUUUCAAGCUACUGAAGAUUUUCGAGCAUACUGCGAAGCAUAUUUCCCGAGGACUGUACUGAGUGAGAAUUGUAGUUCGUGGUUCAACGGUGGAAUUAAGGGUGGAAGGGUGAUUGCCAGCUGGCCUGGAAGUGGGCUGCAUGCUAAUGUUGUGAGGAGAGAGCCGAGAUGGGAGGAUUGGGAGUAUACUUAUCGGUCGUCUUCGGAGAAUAGGUUUGCGUAUUUCGGGAAUGGAUGGACACAGAAAGAUGUUGAGGUCAGUCAGGAGGGUUUGGAAAAGUCGCAAGUUGACAUGACACCGUACUUGCAAUUGGAUUCAGUGACUGGACGAGUAGAUUUGAGGGGCUAUCAUGAGACUUGGUUUGACGUGUAAGUUGGGCCACAAACAACACGAUAGAAAUUUGUACCAAAAGGAUCGCAAAGACUAACUCGAAGAGU